AGCUGACGAAGGGUCCAAAGUCCCAGUUUUGCUGGAUCUUUGUCUCGGAUCGGGGUAGAGUUACGAACGUCCCAAAUGGCUGCUGAGGCCGCAGCAGAGUAGCUCUGUCCAUUUGAACUGACAUAUGCAAAGAGGCUUGAAAUCGGCUGUGGUGGUUGGGGGGGGGAGAGAAAAUACGGCCAGGAAGAAGCAGUCGAGGGCCAGGGCAGAAAGAGGCAAGGCUGGGCAGAGGGCGCUGCUUGGCCCAUUGAAGUGGUGCCAACCCCUUAGGUGAAGAAGAAGAAGAAGAAGAAGAAGAAAUGCCUCCAGAUUGAAACUCCAGGUCUGUGUUGGCGGAGGAGGUGGCAUAACGAUCCAGUCUGCUAGCCAAUGCCACCAUGUUUGGCAAGAAGAAGAAGCGCAUCGAGAUCUCUGCCCCCUCCAACUUUGAGCACCGGGUCCACACGGGCUACGACCAGCAGGAGCAGAAGUUCACAGGGCUGCCGCGCCAAUGGCAGGGCAUCAUCGAGGAGUCGGCCAAGCGGCCCAAGCCCUUGGUGGAUCCGGGGUGCAUCACGGCCGUCCAGCCCGGCUCUCAGAAGACCAUCGUGCGGGGCAACAAAGCAGCCAAGGACGGUUCCUUGGCCUGGCUGCUGGAUGAGUUUGAGAACAUGUCAGUCUCACGCUCCAACUCGCUGCGCAGGGACAGCCCCCCCUUCCCGCCCCGGCAUGAGCAGCUGUACCAGGAGAAUGGCCUGAGCGAGGCUCUCGCCAGGCCUCACCACCACCACCACCACCACCGCCACCACCACCACCACUCCGAGGAGGAGGAGAGCGGGGCCAGCAGGAGCAAAGACCACAAGGAGCGUAGCCGCCAUGGAGCCAAGAGCGAGCUGGAGAAGAGCAGAGAGCACAAGGCUGCCGCCCAGCAACCCCCCCGGGGGCAGGAGCCCACCGGCAAAUCUCGCCCGCAUCCCAGCCACCCACGGCAACCUCCUCCCGAGUACCACAAGCCUUUCUCGGACAGCAGGCACCGAGCCCAUGAGCGGGACGGGAGGAGGGAGCUUCCAGCGGAGAGGGAGUCGUCUGACCGCGUGGUUAGGAGGGACCGUGCCGAUGGCCCUGACAAAAGGCCCAAAUCGACGUACUCCGGGGAGACCAGCCCACAGUCCCCCCGGGAAAAGCGGCCCCACUCAGGGCCCAAUAUCCGGACCCCCAAUAUCCCUGUCUCUGAGGGGGUCAUGAAAACAGCACAGCAGACCGGGAGGCCUUUUAACACCUAUCCGCGAGCAGACACAGAUCCCGUCAGGGGCACUCAGGGGGAGCACAGACCUGGGAAACCGCAAGGAACGGCAUCCAAUGGCCCCCUGAGUGGAAACAGCAGCUCCUCCCGGGCUCCUCAGGCGGGCCCAACACGACCGAGGAACCAGGAGCCCCCUCACCCGGGGCUCUCCCAACACGCCUCCGACCCCCACUUAACACACACCUCCCUCUUGGCCCCUCAGCCUUCCUACUCGCAGCAGCAGCAGCAGCCCCCUCCGCCUCAGCCCCCGCCUCAGCCUCCAGCCCCUCCGCCCCCAGCCCCUCAGCAGCCUCGCUCCCCCCAGCGCGAGCCCCAGCGGGUCUCCCACGAACAGUUCCGAGCCGCCUUGCAGAUGGUGGUUGACCCUGGUGACCCCAGGACCUACCUGGACAACUUCAUCAAGAUCGGGGAGGGCUCCACGGGCCUGGUCUGCAUUGCCACCGUCAAGAGCUCCGGGAAGUUGGUGGCCGUCAAGAAGAUGGACCUGCGCAAGCAGCAGAGGCGGGAGCUGCUCUUCAAUGAGGUGGUGAUCAUGAGGGACUAUCAACAUGAGAAUGUGGUGGAGAUGUACAACAGCUACCUGGUGGGCGACGAGCUGUGGGUCGUCAUGGAGUUCCUCGAGGGAGGCGCGUUGACCGACAUCGUGACGCACACCAGGAUGAACGAAGAGCAGAUUGCAGCUGUCUGUCUGUCUGUCCUGAAGGCACUUUCCGUCCUUCAUGCUCAGGGCGUCAUCCAUCGAGAUAUCAAGAGUGACUCCAUUUUGCUCACACAUGAUGGCCGGGUCAAACUGUCCGACUUUGGGUUCUGUGCACAAGUGAACAAGGAGGUGCCCCGGCGCAAGUCCCUGGUGGGGACCCCUUACUGGAUGGCCCCAGAGCUCAUCUCCCGAUUGCCAUAUGGACCAGAGGUGGACAUCUGGUCCCUUGGCGUGAUGGUGAUCGAGAUGGUUGAUGGGGAGCCCCCCUAUUUCAACGAGCCCCCUCUCAAGGCAAUGAAGAUGAUCCGGGACAACCUGCCCCCCAAACUUAAAAAUGUACACAAGGUUUCUCCUUCCCUGAAGGGCUUCCUUGACCGCUUGCUGGUCAGAGACCCUGCCCAGAGAGCCACAGCCAACGAACUCCUGAAGCACCCUUUCUUGGGGAAAGCCGGACCCCCCUCCUGCAUCGUGCCCCUAAUGAGACAGAACAGGAUGAGAUGAAAGAGGCAAAAGGACCGGGACGCCUUACCAAAGAGAGAGAGGAAUCCUCCUCCGUCCCCGGCCAGUCCCCCCGCCCCAGGCAGCUGGCCCACGCCGAUGGGGGCUCUGUAGCACCUCCCUCUCCCUGGGGGACUGACCUCUCUCAUUUCCUCUGGACGAUGAUGCAGGCAAGAAGACCUUGGCGAGGGGCGCCUCUUGGGACUGCCCACCCCCAAGGGCUGGCCUCGCCUGAAGACACCUCUUUGCCUCCUGAUGACACUGGAGUAGCAGAUCCUGGAACUGGAGGCCGGCCCACCCGCCUGCUGCUGCCGCUCUCCCAUCUCUGGUGGGGACACGCUCUGUCUGCACCACCUUUCUGUACUACUGAGUCAGAGUGGGGGGUCAGACUUGGGUCGGGGGGGGGACUUUUUUAAAAAAACAACUCAACAUUUGUGAUCGCUCCUUUAGUUGUUUUGAAUCGCAAAUCUGGGAUGGGAAGAAGGGUGGGCCAAAACCCAGUUCAUCUCAUCUGGGACUUCCAAGGAGCCAUUUGUUUGCUCUCUCCUUCCUCCCAGCUUUGUGAGGUCUGAGCAGGCUAGGGCUGGGAGGGGCGGGGAGGACAAAAGCCUCCCCUCUUAUGACUAAGUCUGCAGGAACUUGGGAAGGACAGUAGAGUGUUCUCCCCCAGAGCUGAACUCAUCUCAGAGGGAAAUGCACCCCGCCACUGAUGCUGCUCAUAUUGGUGGGGAAGGGAAAGAAACAAGUUAGUUUCUCAGGACAGACAGAAGAGACGCCACUCUGUAGAACCUUCCUCCCUGCUCUUCACAGCCAGAUGUCGGGCUGGGCUCCCUUUCCAACUCUCCCUGCUUCUCUCCUGUUCUUCACACAACAUCUUGCAUGCCUCCCGCCCUCUGCGGUGAGGCUGCAGGCUGGGCUUUAUGGGCCGCCGCUGUUCUGCUCUGGGGAGAAAAUCCCCUCCUGCCAGAAAGGAAGCAAACCUCAGGAUGGGCGUGUGGGUGGGUAGGGGUUUGCAGGGGGUGGGACCUCUGUCAAGCAACAGAGCCCUCCCCUCUGAGCUUCCACAUGGCGUGUCUGGGAACCCAUGGCAAGGUGGUGCUCCUCCAGGCUGUGCCACAGACAGGCACGUGCCCCCCCCCGCCAUUGCUUGCAGCUCAGGUAAGAGCCUUGGGUGAUCCUGGCCAGGGAAGGCUGCUCUUAAUCACAGGCCUUGAUCUCUGGAGGAAGCAGAGCCAACUUGCAUUCUGCCUAAGCCCAGGGAGGGCUGGGUUGCUAGCUGCCCCUCAAUCCCUCACAGACAGAGGCCUGUCUGUGCCUGCUGGCCCCUCCCUCCCUGGCUUCUGCCUGCUGCGCUCUCCGCCUGGCUUUGCAUUGUAGCUGCUGCUCUUCCCAGGAGCAAUCCUGCCCUCUUGCUAGCUGAGAACUUUUCAGGCCUGUAUUCCACAAGGAUUUCUCAGGAGGAGGAUUUGAGUCAUCUUGAUGAAAGUGUCAUUAAGUGCAUCGUGAAAAUGGCAUGCCGGGGGGGGGGGGGGGCUCUUGCUGGCUCGCAGUUGGGGAGAUGGGGAAGGACUUCGUCUCCCUGCUGCAGUACUGGAGGUGGCAAGGGGCUGCUUGCCGGCCGUACUGGUGCCGUCUUCAGACCUUGACCCCAUCCCCAGUACACCCAGCCUUGAGCUUAGGGUGGAAAGCAAUCUUGGCAUCCCAGUGGGCAGGGGAGAGGGAGAGAGACAAGCCCAUGACUGGCCUCGGGCCUUGAAUGUCUUGGGCGCGGUGGGGUGCCCUGGCCCGGCCCCUGGGGAGAGGGAUGGCAGCAGCUGGGUCCUGUGCCGAUUGCUGGGCUGGAGGGCUGGUGUGCACCUGCUCCUUUGCGGGAAAGGCUGGGGGCAGUUCUUGCAUCUCCAGCCAUGACGGCUCUUCCCCAAAGCUGUGUGCCGAAGAGAUCCUCUUUGGGGGCCUGCCUUGGCUGCUGGGGUGCUGCAAAGAUGGGAGCUCCCCCCCCGGCACCAACAUGUGCCUGCAGCAUCCCUUGUCACGAGAGAGGCAGAGGCAGAGCGGUCUGGGGGGGACUCUGCCUGCCAGCUUGGGGGCCGGGGGAGGUCAGCAACCCCGGCCUGCCUUCCAUCUCCCCCUGAGGUCAGGGAAGCCUGCAGGCCAGCAGGGUGGCAAAGGUGCCAUGCUGCUCUGAGCAUUUGGAAGCCGGCUCCGGGGGGGCCAAGGAGGCUUCAGGAGCUGGCCUGGCACCCGAUUUGCAGGGGGUGGGGGUUGUCUUGUCAGCCACAGGGGUGAAAAGAGGCACCUCCAGUGGCAUCCGUCAUGUCCCGCUUGGCUUUCCCUUGCAUGCUGUACAGUGCGGGCUUUUCUGCAUGCAGAGUUAUUGGGAAAGGGUUUUGUUUUUUAGAACGUUUGAGGAUUCCCUCUCCCCACCUGGUUUUUAGAUCCUCACAGGCAUAUCUUACCCCUCCCACCUAGUUGCAGCUGUUGUGAGCUGGGGAAGCACCUCCAAGUCCCCUCUGGGGCUCAAGCGAUGAGGGUAGGGUCCCUGCAGGUGCCCUCCCUGUGGCCUCCCAGCCGCUGCCAGCUUCCUUGCUAAGCUUCUUGUCCAUCAUUUGUUUCCUUCUCAGAGAAGGAACCAUCCAUCCAAAGAACCCCCCACCCCACCCCUUGGGUUCCACUUCGCAUCUCUCACGGAUGAAAACCAGGUGCUUGCUGGUGUAUUUGUGACUCUUGGUUUGGGGAGUGUCUGGCUCGGGGGUGCCCCGGCUUGGGGGUCCCCAGAUGUGGUGGCACCGUCACUCCCCUCACCCCCAGCCACACGGUCGCACUAGGAGCCCCCGGCCAAGCCCAUGCAGGGCUGCCGAAAGGGCUGUGCGCUUUGCUCCCCCACCCACUGCUGAUGGCCAGUAAACCCCAUUGUGUGCAUAUACCUCUUCCGAAUCUUCUAGUGAAGCUCUGGGGAGAGGCUACUGCUGUGCUCCGGAGCUGCCCUCUCCCCAUUGGAAACAUCGCCCCCAUGGCCUCCUGGCAAAGGUCUGGCCUCUGCCUCUUCUGGCCGGGGGUGGGCAGGGUGGUUUUCUGCUUCUCCUCUCCCUCACGGGGGACGGUGAGGCCUCUUUCCAGCUCCGGAGGGCACCUUUGCUUGCCGCCUGCCAGCCUGGGACUCUCCCUGGCCUGCUCUCUCCUCCCAGCGCCUGCUUGGGCUGCCUGCAGAGGCGGUGCUCUUGAGCCUGCAGCUACAACUCUGCUCUUGUGGGCCGGCCAGCCUGCUGGCUCGGCCGUGGAGUCGGCUAGCAUCUGGGGCUUCUUGGCUGUUCCCCAGUUGAGCCUCAGAACCGAGAGGUCUUCAGGCCCUUGAAAUCUCCCUUGGGAGACUCGGCUUCCUUCCAACAGUUGGGCUCCGUUCCUCAUGCUCUCGCUGGCGCUCUUGACCUUCACCGUUGAAACCAGGGAGGAUCCAGCCGCCUUCUUCUAAAAGGUUGGAUUGUCCCACAUCUGAGGACAGUUUUUAAAACCAGAUCACAGCUUUAAAUCUGAGCCAGUCUCUUCUUGUUUCUGCUUCUGGCAACUCGCCUCUAAACCGUUUCUUGUGGAAGAGAGGGUGGGCUGGCUGGCUACCUCGCCUCUUCCCUUCUCUGACAGCCAGCUGCUGCCCUUCCUUCAGGAAUCGUCCCCACCACCGCCUCACAACAGCAGACAACUUUCUUUACAGCACUAACAAAGGAUGCAAAAACACUACUUCUUCAGGGGGAAAGAUUUCCAGUCUGUCGUGCUUUCAAGCGCUCUGGGUGCUGGGCUGGCCACAGGGUUUCUACACGGAUUACACUUCCCACAGGCUACAGAACCUGGCUGCCACCACACUACUCCCCACCCCACCCUGACUUCCUGCGAUGUACCAUUGGGAUUCUGACGACAGGUCCAGCAGCCCACCUUCUGCUGGCCCACAGAACUGGCCUCCAAGCCCCUUCCCCCUCCAUCCAUCCAGCCUGCCUGUAGCUUGAUGACUUUUGUAUAAGGGGAGGCUUGACGUGAAGGGGAGAUUCUCUCCUCUCCCCCCCCCCCCCCCACUACGAGAACUACUACUGAUUCAUUUUGUGGGUUUUUGUUACCUUUUUUUAAAAGAGAAGUUAUUUAUAUUGUAAUUUUUUUGUAACACACAACAGUAUUUUGUGUUGGGAUGAUUUUUUUAAAUCUGUUUCUGACAGACUGCUGUGAUGAAUUCUAGUGACGGUUCAGCCAUGAGAUGUAUUGUAUAAAGAACAUGGAUUUCA